AUCCGGGCUGGCUCCUCACUCCCCACACAUCUGCUCCUGCUCUCCCUCCUCCAGGUGAUCGUAGCCAUGAGGACCCUCGCCCUCGCCCUCCUCGCUGCUGUUCUCCUGGUGGCCCUCCAAGCUCAGGCUGAGCCACUCCAGGAAAGAGCUGAUGGGGCUGAAGCCCAGGAGCAGCCUGGGGCAGACAACCAGGACUUUCCCAUCUCCUUUGCAACGGAUGCAAGCUCAGAUCUUAGAGCUUCAGGCUUAAGGAGGAGAUUCAUUUGCUAUUGCAGAAGAACCUGUCGUUAUGUAUAACGUUCCCAUGGGGUCUGCAGGGCCAGUGGUGUUUGCCAGAUUCUGCUGCCACUGAGGAAUGAAGAACAGAGAGAAACAUAUUCAUAAUUUGUUGUGUGACCUAGAAGGAAACUAUUGUAUGUCCUAAACUUUGUCCUCAACUUUCUUUCUUCAUCUCAAAUAAAGUCCUUUCA